ACCAAUUCAUAAGUUGAAGAGAGAUAUUGACACAGGUAUCACUGCAGAUUCGCCUGGCGUUGUCAGUGGCAAUAACGUUCAAGUACCUGUACAUAUACCAGUUAAUGCUUGCGGAGAUAAUAACAGUGUUAUCGGUCUAUUAGCUCAGUUUUCUGAAGAAUGUAAAAAUAACUGA